UCUUUGAAUUUCCCGCGGAUGAAGGCGAGGCGAUUGGUCCUACGGUGCCGCGGCAAAGUCGCGGCUACAAACGGCCGACGGCUUGAACCUGCUGUGCGAACUGAAUUUCAAGGGAAAGAACCUAAAGAUAGGCAGAGAUGGAGGAUGUUAAGGCGUGGCUAAGCCGCCUAUUGUUUGUGGAUUGGGUGUCUGGAUCAUUGACUCCAAUAUCUAAUCUAAUUGCCCAACCACCUUCUUCACCUACAUCGCCCCUCGCCUGAAAAUUAACCUGAAGGAAAUCAGGAAAUAAGUUGUUGCUCAAAUAUAUAUAUUAUUUCUUUGCCUUCCGGUGUGCUCGCGUUUUUUGAGCUCCAAGGAUUUCUGAAUUACACCAGCUGUUGCUCUUGAGCAGUUUCGGUUUGCUGAAUUUCAUCUAUUUUUAAGAAUAAUAGUGUUCCAAUCUGGCAGAAAUCGCAAAGAUGAUGUGGAGAGAUCCAGGAACUCCAGCUGAUGAUUAUUAUCCGGUGCGGCCUGAAAGCACUGACGUUCCGGAGAGCACCUUCAGAAUCAAGGCCGGAAAAACCUUAAGUGAGAGAAGAUGGAGGGCUGCUUUCUCUCCUGAAGGUCAUCUUGAUAUGAGCAAAAUACUCGGUCGAAUUCAUAGAGGGGGGAUUCACCCGUCAAUUAGAGGUGAAGUUUGGGAAUUUUUAUUGGGAUGUUUUGACCCUCACAGCACUUCUGAAGAGCGACAGGAAAUAAGGGAGCACCGAAGAGAGAAGUAUAAAAGUUUGAAAGCAACUUGUAAACAAUUGUUCCCCUUAAUUGGAAGUGGAAAGUUUGUCACUGCACCAAUAAUUACAGAAAACGGAGAUACUACUCAAGAUCCAAUUGUGAUUCAGCAAAUUAAAGAGGUUGUGGGAGAUACACCAAUGGAAGAUUAUCCCAUGGACAAGAAGGAAAUUGAUUGGAAACUCACAUUACACCAAAUAGGUCUGGAUGUGAUCCGUACUGACCGUUCACUGGUGUUUUUUGAGAAGCAAGAAAAUCUCGCAAAACUUUGGGAUGUCCUAUCUGUAUAUUCCUGGUUCGAUUCUGAUGUUGGAUACGGGCAAGGUAUGAGUGAUCUUUGCUCUCCAAUGAUUAUUCUCCUCGAGGACGAAGCAGAUGCUUUUUGGUGCUUUGAACGCUUGAUGCGAAAAUUGAGAGGAAAUUUCAGAUGCUCUGGGAGCUCUGUAGGUGUGGAGUCACAGCUCAAUUGUCUAGCCAUGGUAACACAAGUCGUCGAUCCUAAACUUCAUCAACACUUAGAACACUUGGGUGGCGGCGACUAUCUGUUUGCAUUCAGGAUGCUCAUGGUUUUGUUUCGUCGUGAGUUCUCAUUUGGUGACUCGCUGUUCCUUUGGGAGAUGAUGUGGGCUCUUGAAUACGACCCGGACUUAUUCUCCAACUACGAGGACAGCAGUGAUUCCGGCAGCGAGAGACCAGACGCGAACAAACCGAAGCCCAAGUCGAGGAAACAGAUUGGAAAGUAUGAACGAGAAAACAUGAAGAAUGGAGCUGAACUACCUAUUACAGUUUUCCUCAUUGCCAAUGUCCUUAAGGAAAAGAGUGCAAAGUUGCUGGCUGAAGCCCGGGGCUUGGAUGACGUUGUGAAGAUACUGAAUGACUGCAACGGUAACCUCGAUGCUAAAAAAGCUUGCGCAGGCGCGAUGAAGCUUCAUAAGAAGUAUCUGAAACAGGUGAUAAACAUUCGACUCAUUGUUUGUUAGGAUCGAACAUUGCAUUAGAACAAAUAUAUUGAGCUCUAUCUUGUCGUGGCAGGCGAAAAAUGCGUGACAGAUUCGAACAAGGAACAGCUGCCCUUACUGAUGAACCUAACAACAACAACCUUUGAUUUGAUAUAUUUAUCUGUUGAUUCAAUCUAUGAAUAUAUAUGAACGUAUCUACGUAUGUGGUGGAAAUUAUGUGUAAAUUUGUUUGUAGAAGUUAGAAACAUUGGUUUACCGCUCUAUGUGUUGCUCCUUCAUUAACUCUGAUCUUUUGCUAAGUGUAAAAAGGAUGGUUUUUGGGGGUGUGCUUGUUUCUGUUUACAAUAAAUUAAUUGCAAUUAAUGAGUUAAUAUUAAAAAAAAAAAAAAAAAAAUAGAUAUACCUUGAACUUGAACCAAUAACUAGCCAUGAGAAACUCUUAUCUUAAUUCAGCUUUGUCGGAAACUCUAAUAUUUCUUUUUUACUAUUUCGAUUACACGUUAUCCAAAUAAAAUGCACUGGCAUCUUUGGUUUGAGAUUGGAAUCAAACA